AUGGUCCUUUGUCUUGGUAUAUCUUCUUUCACGUGCUUCAUUGGUUUUCAAACACAUUCUUUGUUUCAUUGUGUGCUUCACUUCAACACUAUUCACACCAACAAUGCAUUUGAAAAGCAAACACCGCAACAUCUUCACGCCUUCCCUCCUUCCUCAGAACUUUCUUCCCAGCCCAUUCAAAAACAAAAACAUCACCACAACAACCAUUCCAUUCAAAUUUCACUAACAACUUUCUCAACUUUCGAUAUGAUUAAUAAAGUCGCCACUUCCUUUGGCGUGGUCAUGGCAGUCUUCCUCGUCCUCGCUCUUGCUAUAUUUGGCUUCUCUGCUCUCAAGCAUGCACGUCACAACACUGCUUUGCACAAUCAACAGCAUCAUGCUCAGGUAGAUGCCUGGAUCGCCCGCAUGCGCAGAAAGACUUGGAGAAACACGCGCAUUGAUCGUGAUGUGGAGAUGCAAGCUCCCCCUGAGCUUCCUCGCCUUCCUGAGAUCGCUCGUGUGCGCACUGAUCCUUCGCGAGUAUCUAGGAUGGGUAGACUCAACCUUGCCCACCCGAAUCAGAGGAUCCAAUUUUGUGAAGUUCCGCUGACACCUAUUCAUCAAGGCCAACGCGGCGAAACUCCUGCCGGGUUCUUCUAG